AUGCUGUCGCCAAUCAACAAGUUCUCAACUUUCCUCAAAGAAGCAUCUCUCUUCUUUGACGAUGGCAACGUGGUUCUUGCUGCUGCAACUACAGGCAGCGAAAACGGUCUUCUCUUUUGCGUCCACAAAUCAGUUUUAUCCAUGCUCUCCCCUAUUUUUGCAGACAUGUUCAUGCUAUGUACCUCUACGGACCCAGAGGAUUUCUAUGAAGGCAUACCAGCCGUGCGUAUGUACGAUGAGCCAGAUGAUGUCCGCGACCUUCUUAAUGUCUACUACCAUGCCUCGAUAACCGCACUCACCCGCUACAACCCUGAAACGCCAAGAAAAAUUCAAGGCCCUCUCCGUCUUGCGAAGAAGUAUCAAAUUGCAUCGCUGUAUGGCCAGCUUGUCAGGCACUUCCAGGCGGAUUGGCCGCAGACACUUCCAGAGUGGGAUCGGCUCGAAAGCGAGAUCAAAGCCCAGCAUCAACUCUGCAUGGACGUAGAAGAUCCUGAUGAUGCCCCUUAUGCUGACGUUGUGUAUCCCGAACCUGGCUCAGCCAUUCGACUGGCCCGCGAAUUUAACCUCGACAAGGUUCUACCGGCCGCUUUCUAUCAUAUGUCUCGUCUUGAUAUCACUUGCGACCGCGCAAAGCUGCACCUUGAGGAGGUUGCCGCUCGUAUUGAUGAAGUUCACGAAUCAGAGGGUCGCACCGGGGACUGGUCGUUCCUGACAAAGGACGAUCUUCAAUGCCUGUUGCUCGGCCGGGAGCGCAUCUACCAGCAUAUGCAAAUGGAGUCUGGCCGAUUCGACUUCCCGCCAGAUCACCCCAACUGCAACCCUAGCUGCAACAGAAGAAGCGUCCACACUAAAUUCUCUAUGCUCCUCCGCUCCACAGAUGCUUUGGAUGAUUUGAAGGCGCUUGUAGUUGACGGGGAUUAUAUAACAGAGGGAGUAUGUGCAGGAUGUCGGUCCAGAGCUAAUGCGACAGCGCUAGACGUGCGGAUGAAUAUCUGGGAGAAGCUCCCUGAGUACUUCAACCUUCCGUUGCCUUCAAACAUGUACGAUGAAGAGACUGAGGUACGAGACCUAGACCCCUCCAACGUUCCCGACCUGCCCGUGCUCGUAGCCCUCUCUCAUAACGACCCCUUCCUCACCGCAGAAUCAUUCAACGUCGACGACUUCCUCCUGUCAUGCUCGCAUACGUCGCUACCGGAUAUACACUCUGAACUCAAGGGAUAUUCGCUGUCUCUGCAAGAAGAACUUGCCCACCGCAUCAACGAUGACUAUGAAACCUUCAUCAGCCUCAGCUGCAGAUGAUCGGGAGAGGGCAAACACCUAGAGAAAAUGAACGCACCGCUAUCAGUGCAAACUCAGGUUCAGAAGCGGUGCAGUCGCUUUAAGCUGCUAUUCAUCGCAAGCCGGAUGCGUGCUCGAAGAUCAGAGAGGAGAAGAUCUGUCACAAAAGCGGAUCGUUGUUGCACGCCAUACCACCCUCAAGGCAAAGUCCACGAGGCAAAGGCUCGGUGCGACGAUUUCCUUCUCGCCCUCCGGGAGAAAGUUCGCCAGAAACUCCGGGCAUCGUGGCGUGAGGAAAGCGAGCGAAACAUGUGCCGCGGGCUGUGAAAUACAGCCAACUGAUGGAUCAUGCACCGAAGACCAAAGACGAUAACUGCACGUUCUCGUUGAUGAGAUACGAAGAGUGGACCGCACGCAAUCAAUGCCAUCAUCGGACCUCGAUCACGUCUUUUCUGCGGCAGUAACGGUGAUGGCAACGAAGAAAGACACUAGGGCGUCCGAAAUCGAGCGCACCAAGGCGUUCGCUGAAGCGCCAGAAUGCCUCCAUAUCUAGGAGUUAGGGAUUAUGGAAGAACGCGGACUGCGCUCUUCAGAGAGAUCUCAUGCCGGAUUUUCUGCGAAAAACCGCAUACGCCGGUACUCUGAGCGUACUUCGUUCCCCCCCAUGCCCUAUAUUCCAACGCUGGCCAUCCCCCAGUCCGGUGGGAACGGACGCGUCCUCCUUCGGAUUUACCUAUACCCCGCACGCCUUUGCUUCGAAGGAAAUCCCUUCUCAGACCCAAAUAAACGAUGUAACCUCAACGGCAUACCUCUUGAACGAUUCGGAAGACUCGCUCGCAGCAUUCCACAAUCAAACACUCAGUUUUGUUCGAACGUGAUAUGACGCGCAUCACGGAGACCGCUUGUCAAGUAUCUCGAAAUCCGGCGGCGAUGAAGUUGAAGGAUAAGGAUGGGGUCACUGCUGUGUUAGCAAGCCCAACGAGGGCACGAGGGCACGUGGAAGGUUUUAAGAUCAUGUCGAAUGUCGUUUGGGCGAAGGUGGAGCAAAAGGUAACGGAUGAGCUUGGAAGUGCCGUGUUCAAAGUGGAGAAUACCGAUGAAUUCCGCGACAUGGACCAACGCAAGCGUUCACUCAAUCACUCAGAUCCCUGGCAUUUUCCACUCACGUCGUUGGAAGCAUGCGAGUAUCUUCAGUCUAUGCUGCCUUCGAGUAACAGUGUCAGCUGCCUACGUAUUUCCAGCUUCGUUGGAAGCGUUCCUAUGCAUUGGCGCCAUUCAUAUAGCAGUCUAAAGCAUAUUUUAUUGUAGCGUGUACAAUACGUCACCGCUCAAGUCAACGCUACAUGGCCGCAAUGACGAUUACUGGAGUGCCCAAUUUUGUACCCCCGAAACAGAAUUUCAGAUUUGGCAACUAACGCUUCAGUUAAUGAGCUGGGCAAGUACAAGCCUUGGGUAAAGGGGGAUGGUCCCAGUAUCGAAUAAAUCCCUCGGAAAGGCAAAUCUACCCCAGGCAGCGACAGUUUUCGUUAACGCAGCCCCCCACCUCCCGUUCCUCUUCCUCCGCCAUAUGAUAACUCUACAUUUGAGUCCACCGAAGCGGAUAACCACGCGAUCAAACAGUCAGCCACUUUAGUUAUCCAAAUUAGCCGACUUCAGCAGAACGCUGGAUACCGAAGAGAAUAGCAGAAUGCUGCUUGAUUGAUGGAAACCCAUCUUGUAGAAGCUCCGCGCCAUGCCCAACGAGCGACCUCCCGUCAAGCCCAGUUAUAUCGUGCACACCAUCCUUCAACCCCUCAAGGACUUCUUUGCAGGCGCAGGCGAGCGUCUCAAAGAUGCGCAUAUGCAUGCAUAUACAACGGAGGUGUUCAACAACGUUUGCCAGCGGUGUAUUGACGCUGAUUUAUAGUAUGCCUACUCAAACAUAUAGACUUCAUCUGAUUGGUGCUAGUAUACAUCUCUGAUAAUCAUACAAUAUACAUGCU